AUGGAAGCCGAAACGCUUUUGCGGCUGACAGUACUCAGCUUUGGCGCUGCCGCUCCGCAGCCCACGCAUGCCAAGCACCACAAGGACAAUUUAGCGCCGCCAACUCCCCACAUUGCUGCAUCUAAAGAUAUACGCAUGACCUUUAUCAGCCUCUGGGCAGGGCAGCUCGGCCAGCUCAUUUCAGUCAACGCGUUUCUGCGUGAAACUCUUCUCUUUUUUCUCCCAGGACACUGGUGCAGCGUCCCAUGUGAGACGCAUAAUCUUGAGCUUCCUACAGACGCUGCCAUUGACACUAGAUCAUUUGCGCCGCGCCUUGAGCAAUACUGCACUCAACAAACAGUGAAACAAUGGGCAAUAAACCCGUUUUUGCAGCACCUCGACGCGCUUGUCACUCAGCUUCAACCCAAGCUGUGUCAUGCGCAGCCAUCGUUCCAGGAGUGGUUGAACAUAGUGGAUCAUCCACUGACAGCUCUGCGCACGCUUUUCAUGGCAAUGUACAGUGCCUUUUUUAACUCUUUUUGCAACGUUCACAAGACUCUUAUCGACAGUUUCCGAAGACUCGCUUGGGAAGAUGUAAAUAGCUCUUACGCACUUGCUGUCUGCGACCUCUCUCUCACCAUCGAAUCAAAACUCAUCACCGUUGUGUCGCACGCGAUUUCCACCAACAUUGAAGCCUGUAUGGCGAACAACACGCUGCAGCUCUUCCGCACGCCAGGUAACCUUACCGCCAACGAGAUCGCUGAUUAUGUGGCCUCAGCGUUACAGACACAACUUGGUGACGUCGCGAGAAGUGUAGCACUUAAUACCCGCUUUGCGAAGCAAUUCCCUCAAGCAGCGGCAAGUUUAGCUGUCGCUGCAGACAGACAUGAAGAGUGUCUGGCGUUUCUUCGCAGCUCGAUGUCCUCCUAUGCUGAGAAGGUUUUAGCAGAAGCUACAACGACAAGCCCAGGAGCACCAAGCAUCAUAGAGCCUUCUGCUUUCCCCAGUGAUGAAUUCGUCACCCUCAGCUGUUCAAGCAAAGCUACCUCCACCCUACCGGUCAGCAUGGAAGCGAAAACGAUGGUACAGGUUGCGCAAGUGUCGCCGUACACACCUCGCUCUGUCUCGGCUGAAGACGCUUUCGCGCUGACUGCCAUGUCGGAGGGAGUUGAUGCCUUCUCCGGCAUCGCUGCAGUCGCAGCGCCCAUUGGAGACGUUGAAGAGAGCGUCCGAAACCUUGUGGCAGAGCAACGCAAAGAACAGCGAGCCGUAUUGGGCUGGGCACCCGGCAAUAAAGGGAGGCGAUUGGAAAGCUGGUGUGGCGCUGACAAGACUUCUGAGACCACCACCUCAGACAUCGAUGAUGCUCCUGCACUAGCAAAGAAGCUGCCCGCUGCCCAAGAAAAACCAGUGGAGUGCGGCAGAAGCAGCCCCGGGGAAACGGUGCUGUUUUGGAAUCGACUGAAGCAAAAGCUUGGCCUGGAUGAGGCAUCGCUUAUCCAGGCAAUGGCACAGUGCAAUUUUCGGUGUGAAUCUCCGUAUCCAAAUGUGUUUCUCAAAGAUCUCGAUGUGCGCAACAACGACCGGACCACGCGCUUCUUCCUGGAAGAGGUUCGUCCGCUGCUUUCACUCAAAGACUCCCCCACAAUGAAGGCGAGGAAUAUGCGACUUUUCCGUGAAGCCUGCACUAGCUACAGCAAACAGCUGUGGGAAAAGACGCUUGAGAUUCGCGAAACGCUACCGUGUCUACCGGUUCGCGUGAGGGGUGUUUUGCUGGGGACAAUGUACUCGACCAUGCGGGCAGACAAGCAGUUUGAGUCCCUCAAACAAAUCCGUAUGCAGCUCUCUCAAGUCGCCACCAAAACAGGCGACACUGCAAAGGACGCGGCAACAUUAGCCAAUACCGACGAGCAGUUACUCAAGAGAGUAGAGUUACUUGCCCAAGCGGUGAGUGCUACCGGGUAUGAGGCAGUAGAGGAAAAGCGCAGUCAGGCACAGUCAGCUGAAGCAGCAUCUGCCUCACAACCAGAGUGCUGGGCGAAGGCAGCGCUGGCAAGCAUUUCGAAUAAGGCAAGCCUAGCCAACAAGGGUUUCUGCGGCUCUAUAAGCCGUUAUGCAGGAGCCAUUGGAAGCUCGGUCCCACUGCAGACGGCAAGCACCAGCUCUACGGAUACUGCAUGGCGGCGCUCCUCUGUUAUGGAUGUGUUGGCGCAGUCGCGAAAGAGUACGGCAGAUCUGCCGGUCAAAGAGUUUUCACCUGGAACCCCUGUCGCUGAUGUUUACCGCCAAGCGUGCCGAUGCCAUGGUGUGAGUCCGAACCCCAGUGUGGUGCGCGAGCUCAGUGACAAUGCUGCAGACUACUUCGCUACUCUCGAUCUCUCCAGCAACUAUGUGGGCGUGGAGGGUCUGAGUCCGGUGCUGGACCUGCUGCAGUACAACGGCAACCAUCUCGUUUCUCUCUCUGUCUGCAACAAUGACCUGGAGAGUGAUGACAUUGGUGACCUAUGCCGCGCAAUUCGAGGGCCGGCAGGCGCAAACCUAGUGCACCUGGAUUUGUCUUACAACCCGUUUACAAACGCUGCGUUUCCUGCUCUCAAAGAGCUUGUGUCAUCGCUGGCCUGCAUCGAGACAGUAGUGAUGAAGGGAACCCUUCUCUCUGCACUCGCCACACGCGAGUUGCGGGGCAUUCUUGAAAGGAAAACGAUUCAGCGGUGUUUGUGA